AUGAGCUUGAAGUGGGGACACAAAUUUUUUUAUGACACUCCUGUGGACAUUGCUUUAUCAUCGCAGCAAGGUCCUGACAAUUGGUGCCGAAAAUCAAAUUAUGUACUCUCUUACAUCUGGGCAAAUGAUGAACGUGUGCAGCUUGCUCUUCAUGUUCGAAAUGAUACCAUAACCGAUUGGAUGAGGUGUAACAAAACCCUGGCUUAUGAUUAUCACAUAUUGAGUACUGUCUUUUACCAUAAAGAACUCGUCAUGAGCGGCUAUCGUGCUCAGCUAAAAGUUUUCUCCUUUUUCUUUCAUAUAUGGCUGUAUUCCUUAUCCUAUGCAUUUUCUUGCGGUGGCGACCAUGACAUGCUAAUUCCUUACACUGGUACAGUAGCAUGGAUUUACACUCUCAAUUUAACCGGUGUUGAUGAUUGGAGACCUUGGUUUGUUGAGGGCCAAAUAGCAGGAUUCACAUUAAAAUAUGGUCACAAAUUUGGAGACGGUUUGGUCUUUAACACUGUAAAGGGAGGGGGUCAUACAGCUCCAGAGUACAAGCCUAAGGAGUGUCUUGCAAUGAUUGAUAGGUGGUUAUCUUAG